UCACGACCCGCCAUUUCAGUUCUCCUUUCCUCUGCAAGUCUCACCCUCUCUGCUUCAGCCGUCAUGAAUUGUUUCACUCUAGCUACUGAGCUUAUUCUCAAUCCUAACCCUAACCAUAAGCAUGCCCCUUCUCGGUCCCGCAGACUCCGUCGUCGCUGCUCAUACCAUUUCGUCCUCCGUUGCUCCGCUGCUCCUCUCGUCUCCGGCUCCGCAGCUAUCGCCGUCGCGGCCAUCGCGACCGUCACUGAAUCGGACUUGGAAUCUGCAGCUGACGCUUGUAAUCUCCGUCUUCGCCGUCUUUCCGACGAGUUUAAGUCCCUUCCCGAGCCCAUCGACCGUGUUAAGCGUCUCCUCUUCUACGCAGAUGAUCUCCCACCUUUUCCCGACGCUGACCGCAUACCCUCCAACCGCGUCACGGGAUGUACGGCUCAGGUCUGGCUCUCCGCUCGGCUCGACGCCCUCGGCCGGAUGCGCUUUGCGGCUGAUAGUGACUCCGAGAUCACUCGUGGCUUCUGUGCCUGCCUUAUUUCUGUCGUCGACGGAGCGCGUCCGGAGGACGUGCUCGCGAUGCACGCUGAAGAUCUCGCAGAUCUCAAUGUCGUUGGAGUGGCCGGCCGUACCCACUCGAGGGUUAAUACCUGGCAUAAUGUGCUGAUUAGCAUGCAGAGAAGUGCCCGUGCGCUCAUCGCCGAGGGAGAAGGAAAGCCGAUGGUUGAUUCUUUUCCAUCUCUAGUAAUUGGAGGUGAUGGUAUUCGCGCAAAUGGGCGUUACGCGGAUGCCCAGGUCCAGUUAGCUAGUGGUGUCAUUGUUCUUGCUUUCCAGCCUGGGAGUUUAUAUAUGAGGUGAGCGACAACAACUAGUUCCCUAGCAGAUGCUGCAGCAAGUCUACCGUACAUGUAAUUACUUGAGAUACGGAGAGAGAUACACAAGUAGAGCAACAUGAUUUUAUUUACAUUGGACAUUUGAAUCAAAUGGAGGAUCGCUUGAUGAGAAUAAUUCAAGGAAUUCUCAAGCAGAUGUCAAGAACUGCUUUGCGAGUUGAAACUGUUAUAGAAGAAGGAUAUUUUGGUUCUCUUAUUUGUAUGCAAAAAUCAUCUUUCAAUUAAAUAUCAAUGUGCCAAGAUUAUCCACUAACUGACAAUUGGCGAGACUUACCUUUCCAAAGAAAUUAUUGACGAGACUCAUUUAUCCAUCAUCUUAUGAAUCAAAGACCUCAGCCAUUAAAGGCCUUCUCUGUGAAGAUUGCAAAAGUGCAAGCUCCAUCAAAGUUCAAGAUCUCCAACUUGAAUUCAUUGGACGGAGGAGGCACCAUUGAGAUGGUUAUCAUGUCUUCCAUUGAAGAGCAUUACCUCACACUCAGUGAUCAAAGAAACUAUUUAUGACUCAAUUUGUUGGCGCCCCAAGAAACUAAUGAAUAAAUAAAUCUCAAGCUCUUUUAUUAUGAUGGAGGAGCAAGGUGAAUCAUUAAGAAACUUUACUGUUCAAUUUUAGAUCGAGAUGUUGGAAGUGAAAGACUUUGAAUUAGCAAUGGUUCAAGCUCUCUUUGAAUUUAUGCUUAGUUUACAACAGCUGAGAAUAUUGGUCGAGUUAUUGGAACCCAAUAACAAUUAUAUCAAUGUGGAGGAGGACCAAGGGCGGAUCCUCAUAUGAGCCAGGGUGGGCAUUUUGAAAUUUUGCCACCUCUAAAAAAUAUUUUUUGCUCUAAGAUCCGCCUGCCCCUUUUCCAUCCAAACUUCUGGCUUUGCAUGGGCGGCACGCCGCACGCUAAGGUUUGUGAUUUGCAGCUUCGCUCUUCGGCGUCUUCCGAGCCUUCAACGCCUUCGGCCAUUCAACGUCUUCUUUUUUAUAUAAUAAGUUUGUCCACCCUAAAAAUUAAGGCUGCAUCCGCCCCCGAGGAGGACCAUAAUUUACCUACUGCUCCAACAUUUCAGCCAUAUGGCUUUUGGUCUAGUGAUGAACUUAUGACUAUUUCUCCUAAACCAAUCAGGCUGGAUUAUGAACACUUGGAAAGAAUCGAUCAAGAUUCAAAAAGUCGUGCAAUCAGUAAUGUUUUCAGAAUCACAAUUAUCCCAUUGAGAGGCAAUAUCAGAAUUAAUGAAUUAGAUGCCACCAAACAAGAGAAGUUGAUGCGACCUUGUCAAUAUACAACCUUCACUCCCCUUGUGAAGUUUCUCUUCUUGAAAUUAUGGAGGAAUUGUUACUGUUGCCUCUGCUUUUUCUUCCAAAUUCUAACCUUGGCAUAUGUUAUGUUAUUGAUUAUUAUUAUUAUUAUUAUUAUUUAA